UGUGCAUGCACACACACAAUAUAGUCUAAUUCGAUCGAUCGAUUUGUCGAUCGAUAAUUCAUAGUUCUUCAUUGUUUUUUCUUUCUUUGUUUUGUUAUUUGCAUGCAAUUCACAUUGACUGAAUUCUUUUCUUUUAAUUCAUUCGUUCAUAUCGCUCCCGAAAAGUUUAUUUUAGAACUAAAUUGUUCGAAACAGUUAUAUUUUUUUUCAUAAAAAUUCCUGCUUCUCCAAGUUCAACAUCUGUUGGUGCCGGCGGAAGAUCACCAAGAGCAAUGGGAGGUGGACGAGCAACUGGAGGUGGUGGUGGUGGUGGUACUGUUAGACAACGUCGUACCGGAACAUCAUCGGCUGCGGCAAGUGGCCGUUCAAGAGCAGCACAAAAUACAACCGGAAUGUGGCAUUUCUAUACGGAUGAUUCACCCGGUAUCAAAGUUGGUCCAGUUCCAGUUUUGGUCAUGAGUUUGGCUUUUAUUGCCAGCGUAUUUAUGCUUCAUAUUUGGGGCAAAUAUACUCGAUCGGUUUAGAAUUGGAACGAAAAAAAAGAUUACAAAAAAAAUUUUAUCAUCUGGACCAAUUCAUUUGAUUUUUUUUCUCAAUCCCUUUUUUUUUUUGGUUUAAUUAUGAUGUUAAAAUAUUUUAUGUGAACACAGAAAACAACUGAAUGCUAAAUGAAAUAAAAUUUAUGUACAAAAAAGCGA